UUCACGCUUGUUCAACGGCGGAGCCCGGUAUAAACAGUUGGAGAUUAAUCAAACCGUUAACCGUUCCCGCCGCCGAGAAAAUACCUGACCGAGGCUCUGACGGGGUGCGCGCAACCGAAUUUCGACGUGAUCCCUCGUUUUCGCGGCGCGCUUCGCGAGGACUAGUCCUCCGGCUUCGUAUUUCGGCGCGAGCCGUCGUUGCGGUUACCGGCUCGUGUCUAUCCCGGUGCGGACGAGAUGCCGCGCACCAAGUAUACGCGCAAGCCCAGAAACGACUCUCAGGGCGACCAUGACAUGAAGCUGAGGACCUUCGAGCGGCACGUGCAGAAGAGCAUCCUCAAGCUGGAGCAGGACGCGCAGGCGGACAUCCGGGGCUUCGAGACCUUCGUCGACAUGACCAUCUCUCGCCUGCCGUCGGAGAUACGCCGGAUGACCUUGGGCGAGGUACUGGCUCUCGAGAAUGACGAUCUAAAGGAGAACUGCGACGAGGUCUUCUCGUCAGGGAUGAACUGCAUGCGGCCGCCCGCCGUGCCGCAUGCCAGGAACACAAUCAGGACCGCAGUGAAACGAGCCACUGCCGCGUCCGACGACGGCUACGCGACGGAAGGAGGUACCAGUGUCGACAGCACAUCGAGAGCCACCAGGGCUCAGAUGUCAGCGCCGAUGUCGAGGAAAACGCGCAACUCCACCAGAACGAGCAAAGUCAAGUUCAGCGAGAUCAAUCAGGAGACCGUGAGGAAGACCAGAGCGAGAAGCAAGGAUCACUUGAAUAUGCCUAUUGUAAAGGUGGAUGUCUUCAAAACACCGGCCAUACCGAAGCCCAUGAAUAUGUACGACGUCGUCACACCCAAGAUCAAGCCGAACACACCUUUGAAUGUGUUGAGGCGUCCGCGUCAAGGUGAAAUGGUACUCAGCAUGCAGGGCAGCCCCUUGCUGGUUUCCGCGGUCGUCGAGGAAAAGACCGCCAAUGUCAAUGUGCCUCUGUCCGAUGGCAACAUGAUGUCCUUGUUGCCGCAGGAGGGACUGCGCAUCUCAAAUAUCCCGUCGCUCGAUGCUGAAACAAAGCAUCAGCUGCAAACACUGAAGAAACACAUUGAGCAAGUUAUCGCGCGAAAUUAACAUUAAAUGUCGUUGAUUAGAUUGUAACGUUAUUAUAGUGUAACUAUAGGUUAAGUUGAGAUAUUUUUGUACUUUAUAUAUAUAUAUAUUUGUAUUUACUCGCAUGAGAUGGAAAUAGUAGAAUGUUUACCUUGUUACGACAUUGUCAAUAGAUUUCCUCUGUACAAUAAA